AUGGAUAAUAUUCGUUUACGUUCGAUUAUUUUAAAUUUGCAAGAUCGUCUUUCCAAUGAUGAUCGAAAACGCCUUCAUUUUUAUCUCGGUCAUGAUGUUCCACGACGCAUUCGAGAUGAUCCAACACUUGGUGGAACUCUUGCUCUAAUGGAUUCUCUUUUCGAUCAAGACAAAAUUAAUGAACAAGACUUUACUUAUCUAAUCAAAACUUUCGACGAAAUUCGUUGUUUCGACGCCGUGAAAUUAUUGAAAGACAAAAUUAAUGAACAAGACUUUACUUAUCUAAUCAAAACUUUCGACGAAAUUCGUUGUUUCGACGCCGUGAAAUUAUUGAAAGAUCAUUUGAGACAAAAUCGUGAAAAUAAUUUAAGCCAAUCCAUGCAAAGUCUAUCAUUGAUAAUGCCACCUCUUUUUCAAACAUUGACUGCAGACCAAGAAGAAGAAGACGAUAAAUUAGGUGUUCAUCCCGAUUACAUUCAUCUACAAAAUUUUCCAGAUAAUCAUCAGACGACAAUUAACAAUCCUCAGAUGCAUAGAAAUGAUUAUAAGACUCAACAGAGUUUGUUUACAAGAUUGAAAAGAAGCACAUUGUUUAAAAAAUGUUUAUUUCUACUUAUUGUUCUACUUUUAAUAUUUUGGACUCAGUGUGAAGUCUAUCGAUUGAAGAACAAUUCGAAAUCGUUUCAAACACGAUUACAACGUCUCGAGAAUCAAAUGUGUUCAAAAAGAAUAAGAUUGAAAAAAUGGAAACAAGAUGCACAAAUCGUAGCAGGAGGAAAUGGAGAUGGAAACAAAUUAAAUCAACUUUAUAGGCCUCUUGGAAUUUCUAUUGACAAACAUCAAAACCUUUUUAUAGCAGAUUUCCGAAAUAAUCGAAUAGUGAAAUGGAAACUUGGUGAAAGUCAAGGACAAAUUAUUGCAGGUGGAAAUGGAACUGAUCAAUUGGAUAAACCAACAGAUGUUAUUAUAAAUGAACAAAACAAUUCGCUGAUCAUUGCUGAUCGAGGAAAAAGACGAGUGAUUCAGUGGUUUAGUGAAAAUCAACAAGAAAUUCUCAUUGAGAAUAUUCUGUGCUAUGGUUUAAAGAAAGAUAAUUUCGGAUUUCUGUACGUUUCAGAUUGGGAGAAACAUGAAGUGAGGAAAUGGAAAUUUGGAGAAAUGAAAGAAAAAGAAGGAACAUUAGUGGCUGGUGGAAAUGGUCAAGGAAAUAAUCUUACUCAAUUCAAUGAACCUCAUUUUAUUUCUGUUGAUGACGAACAAUCGGUUUAUGUCUCUGAUUGGAAGAACCAUCGUGUAAUGAAAUGGAGAAAAGAUGCAAAGGAAGGAAUUGUUGUUGCCGGGGGACACGGUCAGGGAAAGAAUCUGAACCAGUUGAAUCAUCCUCAAGGCAUAAUUGUCGAUGAUUUUGGUCACGUCUAUGUUGCAGAUAGUCACAAUUAUCGAAUCAUGCGUUGGCGUGAAGGAAGUACAGAAGGUGAGAUCGUUGUUGAUGGAAACGAAAAAAGACAAAAAUCAAAUCAAUUGUCUGAUUCUCAUGGUUUAUCAUUCGACGUGGAAGGAAAUCUUUAUGUUGCUGACUAUAAGAAUUCACGAGUCGAAAGAUUUGAUAUAGAUCGUGAAUAA